GCGGGCCGGAAUGCGCAAGCGUGAUCCCGAGUGCCCAGAUCGCUGCCUGCUCUUGCCAGCGUGGGUGUGUAAGUGGCCCGGUGCCCCCUCCCUUCGUGUCUGUCUCGGUCUCUGCGGGCUUUCUGUCGCUCUCUCCCCUGCCCCACGCCGGUGUCGCUCCCUGCCCGGCCGCUCUGGGGGCUCUUGUCGCGGAGAGGGGGAGGCCGGAAUCCGAACCCAGAGCCCCUGUAGGCUGACCCGAGGAAGCCGCAGGUUCCUGGCCUGCCGGGGGAAGGAGGCGGCGGACAGCUCUGUCCCUCUCCCCAGGACCCGGCCGGGACCGCGCCCCACUCGGCAGGAUGGACCUCAGCCCCGCUGCCAAGCUGUGGCCGACGAGAAAGCGAGGACCUCAGGCCCGGGGAAGGGGCCGGCCCCGGAAGGUGUGCGAGCACCGAGAUUCUGCUGUCCCUCAAAAGACAAGCCACGCUCGGCACAAGGAGGGAAUGACCUCUGGGCCCCGGAAAUCCACCAGGUCCCUGGAGUCCGUGACCUUCCAGGAUGUGACUGUAGACUUUACCCAGAGGGAAUGGAGGCAGCUGACUGGAGACCAGAAGAGCCUGUACCGGGAGGUGAUGCUGGAAAACUAUGAGAACUUUAUUUCCCUGGGACUUCCCGUCUCCAAGCCAGAGCUGAUCUCGAAGCUGCAAGGUGGGGGAGGCCCAUGGACACUGUUGGAGGGAGAACCCAGAAGCCCCUGUCCAGAUCAGGAGACUCAAACAGAGAUAAAGAAGACAAUCCCAAUACAGUGCACUUCCCUGGAAGACACAACCCAGGAAAAACUCAUAAAGGGUGAUCCCUGGGAUUGUAAAUUUGGUGAAGAUGGAAACUGUAAAAACAACUCUGACAGGUGUGAAACUAAUAACCAUGAGAGAGAUCUGAUGCAAGGAACUGAGGAUGAAAUUUUUAAUAAGGCCAGGGGCUACAAAGUUAAUGAGUUCAUGAAAAGUUUUGAUCAAAAGUCUAUCCUUGAUACACAAAGCAAUGUUUCUUCAGAAACGAGUCUUUGUAAAUCUGAUACUUCAGAUUUGAGUGAUCAUAAUGGAAUCUCCUCAGGAAAGAAACCCCAUAAGGACAAUGGAUGCAAUAAAGCCUGCAGUGACUCCUCAGACCUUAAUGAAGAUCAAAGAAUAUGUACUGAAAUUGGCAAUGCUUUUCAACAGAGGAGAUACCUUGCUCAAUGUCACAGAAGUCAUUCCUGUGAGAAACCAUAUAUCUGUAGAGAUUGUGGAAAAACCUUCAGCCAGAUCACACACCUUAUUCAGCAUCAGGGAAUUCACGAUGGAGAGAGACCUUAUAAAUGUAGUGACUGUGGAAAAGCUUUCACCAAUAGUUCAUCGCUUAUUCUACAUCAUAUAAUUCACAGUGGAGAUAAACCCUAUGAAUGUCAUGAAUGUAGGAAGCUCUUCAGCAAUAGAACAGGACUAUUUGUACAUCUGAGAAUUCACACUGGAGAGAAACCCUUUCAGUGUAACAUAUGUAAAAAAGCUUUCAGCCAAAAAGGUGACCUUUCUCGACACCAGAAAGUUCAUACGGGAGAGAAACCUUAUAAGUGUAAUGUAUGUGGAAAAGCUUUUAGCCAGCAAGGACAUCUUACUGCGCAUCAGCGAAUCCAUAAUGGAGAAAAACCCUAUAAAUGUAAUGAAUGUGGAAAAGCAUUCAGCAAUAGCUCAUCCCUUAUUCUACAUCACAGAAUUCAUAGUGGAGAGAAACCCUAUGAAUGUCAUGAAUGUGGAAAGCCUUUCAGUAAUCAUGCAGGUCUCAUUGUACAUCAAAGAAUUCAUACGGGUGAGAAACCCUAUAAGUGUAAUGUAUGUGAAAAAGCCUUUAGCCAGAAAGGUCAUCUUUCUGAACAUCAGAGAAUUCAUACUAGAGAGAAACCCUAUAGUUGCAAUAUAUGCAAGAAGGCUUUUAGCCAGAGAGGAGAUCUUUUUCGACAUCAAAAAAUUCAUAAUGGAGAGAAACCUUAUGAUUGUACUGAAUGUGGAAAAGCUUUCAGUCAGAAGGGAGACCUUACUAAACAUCAAAGAAUUCAUAGUGGUGAGAAACCUUAUAAAUGUAACAAAUGUGGUAAAGCUUUUAGCAUCAGCUCACAGCUCAAUAUGCAUGAAAGAAUUCAUACUGGAGAGAAGCCCUAUAAAUGUAAUCUAUGUGAAAAAGCCUUCAUCCAAAAAGGACGUCUUACUGAACAUUACAGAAUUCAUAAUGGAGAAAAACCUCACAAAUGUACUGAAUGUGGAAAGGCAUUCAGCCAAAUUACAUACUUGAGUCGGCAUGAGAGAAUUCAUACUGGAGAGAAACCAUAUAAAUGCAGUGAAUGUGAGAAAGCCUUCAGCAAUAGCUCAGCACUCAAUGUACAUCAGAAAAUUCAUACUGGUGUGAAGCCCCAUGUAUGUCUUGAAUGUGGGAAGGCCUUCCUCCAAGGUAUAGGCCUUAGUUUACAUCAGCGAAUUCAUACCGGAGAAAAACCAUAUAAAUGUGACAUAUGUGAAAAAGCAUUCAGCCAGCGGGGAGACCUUUCUCGGCAUCAGAAAAUCCAUAAUGGAGAGAAACCCUAUAAAUGUAGUGAUUGUGGAAAAGCUUUCACUCAGAGGGGACACCUUACUGAACAUCAGAGAGUCCAUAGUGGGGAGAAACCAUAUAAAUGUAAAGAUUGUGGUAAAGCUUUUAGCAACAGCUCACAGGUCACUCUCCAUUACAGAAUACAUACGGGAGAGAAGCCUUACAAAUGUAAUGAAUGUGGACAAGCUUUUAGUCGUCCAGGGAGCCUCAGUGAACAUCAGAAAAUUCAUUCUGUGGAGAAACCGUAUAAAUGUAGUGAAUGUGGGAAAGCCUUCAGCCGCAAUCUAUACCUUAGCCGUCAUCAAACAGUUCAUACUGGAGAAAAGUGCUAUCCGUGCAAUGAAUGUAGUAAAGCCUUUCGAAAUGGCCACUGUCUUACUUUACAUCAGAGAAUCCAUAGUGGAGAAAAACCCUAUCAAUGUAGUGAAUGUGGGAAAGCUUUUGGCAGGAAACUAUACCUAACUCAACAUCAGAGAAUACACAGUGGUGAGAAACCUUAUGAAUGUACUACAUGUGGUAAGGCCUUCACUCGGUGUACAACACUUAUUCAGCAUCAUAAAAUUCAUUCUAGAAAUAAACCCUAGAAAUUUAAGUUAGAUAUGUACUCCUAAACAUUACCUAUUACAAACUUUUCAAUCAAGUUAUUGUGAUACUGGACCAAGAGUAAGAAGACAGAUAGUGAUACCAUCUAUCUAAUAAAAAAUAAGAGGGAAAAAGAUUAGUAUUUUAUAAACUUAAAGUAGGAAAAAAUGUAUUUGAUAAAUUUACUUGGGGAAACUGAUUAGCAACAUAGCAGAAAAUGGACUUAGAACUACAUCUCGAGACUCCUCAUCUGUUGCCUCAAAAUUGGGGAGAGGGAUAAAACAGGAUUGCAGUUAUUUCAAUUGUAGAAUUAAAAUGUUCUAUUAAAUAAUUACAAAGAUCAAGUUAAGAUGUAUUUGAGGAUAAAGAAAUAGAAAAGUAUGAAAGCAAUAUAGCCUAAGUAAAAAAAAAAAAGUUGAUUAUUAAAUAUUAUUGAUAAAUAUGAAAAGAACAAAAUCUACAAAGGUAGGUCUUGGUCGACAAUGGAUAAGUGGUCAAUAGGUGUGAAGAGAUCAUUAUCAAAUUGCUAAUAACAUGGAAAGUAUUUUGUCUAUCAAAAUUAUAUAUGUUGAAGCACCAGCCCUGAAGUCAGGAGGACCGGAGUUCAAAUGUGAACUCAGACACUUAACACUUCUUAGCUGUAGGACCCUGGGCAAGUCACUUAACUCCAGUUGCCUAAGGGGAGGAAAUUAUGUUAAAAUUUUGAGAUACUCCAUCAAAUUUUCCAAAAAAAAAAGUAUUUAUUAGAAACAGUGCUUAUGAAAUUGAAGAAGAGAGAUUGAUAAUAGAUCUUUUUAGAAUGCAUUUUCCAAGUACACGGUAAAUGUCACCAAAAAGCAUUUUGAUUGGUCAUUGCAUUGAAAGGGUUAUCAAAAAUAAUGGAGCUAUCUGGUCAAAGAUUUUAAUAUUUCAUAUUCAUUUGUAAUAAAAAGAACUCAAAGCAUUUGAUCUAUCAAUACGAAAUUAAAUUAUGAGCUAUUUGUAUAAUUGCAAUUAAAACAGACAACUUUGAGGAAUAUGAUGAAAGUUGAUAAAGUCUUCAUGUAGCAACAAAGAUAGAGUAACAACAAGCAAUAGUCCCAAUAGGUACUACCAUGUAAGGGUGAUUGAAAAGGAAGAACAAAAAUUUGAAGGGGAGUUAUGCAUACUCAGGUUCAGCCUGUAAAUGGCUGUAUAGUAUUACUGUUUUAUAGGAAGUGAUAGAUAUGUUGAAUGCAGAAGUACACAGAAAAACAAUUGAACUGAUUCAAAGUUGACUAAGCAGAAUCGGCGGGGAGGGACAUUCUGAGUAAUAAUGGUGAAAAUGGAAGUAACCCAAAAACAAGAUGAUGAAAAAAAUUUUAGUGCUAUGAAAUUAUAUUGACCAGGAUUGGCUCUAAAGAAGUGAUUUGAGUCUCUUAUACUCUCAUACACUAUCAUGAUGGAAAUCUACAAUAAAAAUCAAGGCAAAAAAGUUUUGUGCACAAUCAGUUAAUUAGCAAAGGUAAUAGUUGCCAACAAAUUAGGUCAUUGGCUCCUCAGUCAUAGACAAACUGAGGAUUUACAAAGGUUAUUUUUAUAGUCAUAAAAGAGGAAUGCACAAAUUGCAAAUUCUUGGAAAACUUGUUUGAAUUCUGAUUGGAUGGUGUUUGAUGCUUGACUUGAGGUUAAGCUGGGUACAUGCUGGAAUGUUCUGAGGUUAGCUGUGUACUGUUGCCGAUAUUUGGGGUAUAGGCACAUUAGCAUAAUGGAAUGAUAAUUAUCAAUCUGGUCAAAGUUUUACAUCACUCGAUGUGGAAUUACUGUGCUAACUGAUAAGUGUUAUUACUUGCAGUAAAUACUGUAGAGAGUGCUAACUUAACUGACUACAAGAGGAAAUUUGAAAUGGGGAAAUAAUCAUUCCAACUCAGUUUUGCAGGGGCUUAGCUCUACCAAAAAGAGUAACUUAAUCUCUGACUAUAUCUCUUAAUCUAAAAGCUAUCUAUACCUAAGUUUUAUAUGUUCAAAUAAAGAUAAUCAGUAUUGAGUUAAUUAAAAAUUAUUUCUUAGAAUAUUCCCACCACUUUGCAGAGAUGGGGUAAUAUGGGUGUGGAAGAAUAUAUAAAAUUGCCACUUUUUUAUAUGUUGGUUGGUUUUGUUGAAUUAUUUCUUUUUUUCUCUCUCUGUUAUAAGGGGUAGCUCUCUGGGAGCAGUUCAGGGAAGGAUACGUUGGAAAAUGUAAGUGAUAUAAGUUCAAACUAUCAAUAAAAAUUAUUUUAAAAUGUGAA